AUGACUGCAAAUAAUCAGAAUUUCUUUCAUAUGCAUAGGUUGGAUGAGAAUAAUUACUUAAAGGACAUAAUGUGGGUUGAUGCUAGGAGCAGAGUUGCAUAUGAGGAGUUUGGUGAUGUGGUUUGCUUUGACUCUACUUACCUCACUAAUGAAUAUGAGCUUCCAUUUUCUAAUUUUGUUGGUGUAAAUCACCAUGGGCAAAGUAUUCUACUUGGUUGUGCUCUAGUCUCUCAUGAAAAUACUGAGACGUUUGAGUGGCUAUUUAGGACUUGGCUUAUAUGUAUGGGUGGAAUGAUUGAGGGGUAUGAAUAUUUCAAGGAUGAGCUUUUGAAUGCCAUAUACGAUAGCUUGGAACCGGAAGAGUUUGAGGGGAAUUGGAGUGCAGUUAUAUCGAAGUACAAGAAGUUGUCCUCUAAUGAGUGGCUGGCAGGUUUAUAUCGAGAGAGGGAGAUGUGGGUCCCUGCUUACCUAAGGCACAUGUUUUGGGCGGGAAUGAAAACAACACAAAGAGUGGAAAGCAUGAAUAGUUUCUUCGACGGGUUUGUAAAUAAACAUACGAGGUUGUAUGAGUUUGCUGAGCGUUAUUGUGAAGCAAUGGAAGUACGGGCGAACACAGAGAAGCUUGCAGACGCAAAUUUUGGAAAAUAUGUCCGUGAACUAGUGACUGAUUUUGCGGUAGAGAAAGUUUUCCAGCGUGUAUACACUGAUUCUAAAUUCAAGGAGGUGCAACGAGAGUGCAAUAGAACAAUAUAUUUAAUGUUCCAUGGGAAGAAUGUUAUAUCUGAUAACAUUGUAGAACAUUUUGUGGAGGAUAGAGUAUGGAUUCGAUGUCGGGAAACAAAGAAGGAAAUUCCUUCGAAGAAAAAGCGGACAUACAAGAUUAGGGUGGACUUGGUGUUGCAUGACGUGAGCUGUUCAUGUAAAUUAUUUGAGUGUCAUGGAAUAAUGUGUCGGCACACCAUCAUGGCAUAUGAGAUGCAUGAUAAGUUGGAGGUCGCUGAGAAGUAUAUACUUAGGCGUUGGAGGAAAGACGUGCAGAGGAAGCACACAAGGGUGAAGGUUGCGUAUCAUGAUCCUUUGAAAACAGAUGAGGUACGUCGUUAUGAUUUUAUAAUGGAGAAGUUUGUUCCUAUUUGUGAGAAUGCAUCGGUGUAUGAGGAAAAUAUAUCUGUAUGCGUGGAGUUGCUUGAUUUGUUGUCAAUCAGGGUAAGUGAGAGUAGUGCCAUGGUUUUGAGGCAGUUGAAUGGAGAGGUCGAGGAUGAUAUAAAUCCAUCCUCAGUAGGUAAGAAGAAGAAGUGCACCCCUGAAUCAGUGAACAAGGGGGGUUUGAAAAAAAGCAAAGAUGCGGAGAAGGUUAAUGUGAAAGACCCCCCAUGUCGAAUGUUGCCUCACAGAACUCGUGAUGUUCGAUUCUACGGUGCUGUUGAAAAAGCAAUAAAGAAGAAAUGUCGGAAAGGGAAGAAAGGGACAGUGACGAAGAAGAAGAGGGGUACUCCAUCGCUGGACAUGCAGCUGGGUGAGAGUGGUUGA